AAGAAUGACAAAAUCCAUCAUUGAUGGCACAACACCUUAAACCCUAAACAUCGAAAUUCUUUUUCCACGGCAUUCUCCGUUCUCUAUUCUCUAACCUUCCUUGAGAAAAAGGGUUUCACAGUGCUCGACGUGAACCUUAAGGGUAGCAAUGGAAGUCGAAGCAUUAGAUAUAAUACAAGCCGAUACCAACAUUACACCAACGAAACCAACCCCCCGCCGCAAGAGGAAGGACGAUGCUAGCAACCAACUCUCCGCCCGGAAAAAGAAGGAGAUGAGAAUCCGUUUAUCGCUUACAAGACCUUCUUAUGUUCUUCGUCUAUGUCCUAAACCUCUCAGAACAGAGCAUCGCCGGAGAUUGCAGUAUUUGCUGCGGAGACUCGUUAAUCAGCAUGAUUGGGUUUCAGCUAGUGGUGUUCUCAGUGUUUACUUGAAAGGAACUGUUAAUGAUGCUUCUCCGAAUAACAACCGUUUCAAAUUUUGGGGUUUACUCGAGCUUAUUAAGCAUGUGAAAAACUAUUAUAUGAAUCCAACAAGGAUCACAAAUCUUUAUGAUAUUUGGUCAAAGAAGAUUGGAUUAAUGAAGACUUGUCCAGUAGAGAGCAGGUAUGCAGUUCAAUUGGAGUUCUUGUUGUUCUGUCUUAUGCAAGGCGAUGUUAACCAAACAGAAUCUCAGCUGUCUGUAUGCAUUGAGCAAGAGAAAACUGAUAAUGAUCCCGUUUCAAAGAUGAUGAUGGGUUUGACAUUCUACGAGCUGUGGUAUUCUGGGAUUCCAGAUGUAUUUAAGUGGAGAGAUUUAGAUCAAAUUGACCGUCAAGAGAACUCACAUACGGAGGGAACCUCAUUCAGCAACAGGGUUGGACACUGUCAAGAGAACUCACAUACGGAGGGAAUCUCAUUCAGCAACAGGGUUGGACAGUCAGAAUGGUAUAAUUCAGUUGAGUCGCACAUGGCAGACUCCCAAUAUCAAUGUGACUCAGAUUCAUCUGUCAUGGGUGGUGGGCAAAUUUCUGGGGAGAUUGGCACCAAUAAAGAUAUGAUUGUUUCCAUGGAUGUUGAUACUAACCAUAGAAGAGAAAAAUCACAUCCAAUCAUUGAGGUAGGAGGUUUUUCCUUGACAUCUGAUGAAAAUCCCACAGAAGAUAUCUCGCAUACUAAUCUUGAGAAACUUGAUUUGUGGUUGUUACCCUUGCGUUUUCCGGACGGGAACAGUCUGCGUGAGUUCCAUUUCCAGCCCAGAGAUCAGUUUAAUGACUACUAUAACAAUGCAGAAAAUUAUUUACGUCUGGCUCUAAAUUCAACAUCCUUUGCAUCAGCAGCAUUACUUCCAUUAAUACAGCUGCUGUUGAUUAGAGGUCGAGUUAAUGAUGUUCUAACUUUACUUGAGAACCAAUGCAAUAGUUCAUAUUCUGUACUCCCAAUCAGUGCUGGUUCUAGGUUCGCCUAUUGCAUUUGCUUUCAAGUGAUUUUUUGGUGCUGUGUGACUGCACCGCGCACCACAGUUGUAUCCAGAUUUCAACUGCUACUUCAUCAUUUCUGUUUGGUUCAAAGCUGUGUGAUGCCAGCAACACUACAAAUAUUACGAGCUAUUCUCCUAGAGUAUUUUGAUCGAAAAAACUCUCUCUUGAUUCAAAGCUGUUUUGAGGAUAUAUUAAAGAAGGAUCCAGCAUGUCGUUAUUCUUUAGCAAAACUUAUAAAGUUUCACCAAACAGGGUACUAUGAUCUUGAAUCCCUUCUGGAAAUGAUUGCUUUACAUUUAGAUGCUACAGAUGCAGAAUACAAUACAUGGAAGGAGCUCUCUGUAUGUUUUUCUAAAUUCUCCCCCCCUGAAGACCACACGUCUACAUGCUCCAUUCAAAAAGGGCAGGGGCAGCAACAUCACUCCUUUCACCACACCCCAAAAAUAUUUACAGAGGGUAUAUCAGCAAAAUCUUGGAAUCUUCGCUGUCGGUGGUGGCUUACAAAAUAUUUCAGCAAUAGCAAGUUUGAGUCAAAUAUUAAAACUGGUAAUUUACAGUUACUCACAUACAAAGCAGCAUGUGCAUCGUACAUGUAUGGAAAAGAGUUCAGCUAUGUUGUGAAGGCCUAUUCUCAUUUACAAAAAGAAAAUGACAAUGAUUUAUUGCUAUUCUUGGAUGAGCACAAGAGAAGUUCAUAUGGAAUUUACAACAAAAAUAAAAAAAAAGCUACAUGUAUAAGAUUAAAGUGAUAAGAUAUAUUUGUUGCAUCAUGAAUAGUCAUUAUUUGAUUAAUUUGUGUUAGUUAUGGGUAUAUCUUUUUUGGUUUUAACUCCGUCAAAUUUGUAUGAGUAUGUUGAGUUUUUAGAUAAGGUCAAAGUUGUUCUUGUAUAAGA